AUGACGGGCACACAAGCCAUCGGGAACGUGACCGUCUUCAACCCGGCCCCUGUCACGCGCGAGCUCAACGCCAUCUUCUACAAGUACGCCAAAGCCCAGCAGUUCCUCCAAGGCAUCGACGUCCACCCAGAGACCCACCCCGAAGCCGGCUACCCCCAAUUCGUACCCCCAGACACCAGCGGAGCGCUCCUAACCAACAUCCAGGCGUCGCCCUCCCAGCCCGACUCGUCCGACCCUGAUUCCCCAUCCGCGCCCUCGUCCACCCCAAAGCUCCUCCACGCCCUCACCGGCCCCGGCGACGACACCCCGAACAUCAUCGGCAUGCCCCCCAUGGCGCCCGGGACGAUCCAGAUGCCGCUCAAGGACUACAUCUCGGGUGCGAUGGACGUCCUCUACUACGGCCCGCUCAACUUUGGCUCCCCGCCCCAGAGCUUGACCGUCGACAUCGACACCGGGUCCGCGGACCUGUGGGUGCCGGAGGGGUGCCAGGGAUGCGGGAACGACCAGUUUUUCUCCAAGCAGAGCUCGACGUUCAGGCGGUCUACGACGCGCUGUGCCAUAACCUACGGCUCGGGCAAAGUCUCGGGCACGCUCGCGACGGAUAUCGUCGGGCUCGGCACGGCGUCCGUCAGCGGGCAGACGUUCUGCGCCGUGCGCAAGGAGUCCUCGGACCUCAACGACGAGCCGAACAGCGGGCUGCUUGGCAUGGCGUUCGGGAGCAUCGCACAGUCGGGCAAGGCGACCUUCUUCGAGAACCUCCUCGCCCAGAAGCAGCUCGCCCAGAGCGUCUUCUCUGUGCACCUCACCCGCACGCGCGAGACGGGCUCGCAGGUGUGCUUCGGGUGCUACGACGCGACGAAGGCGAUGGGCCCUGUUAGGUGGAAUUCAGUGAUCUCGCGCACGUACUGGUCGAUCGCCAUGGACGGGCUGUCAGUGAACAAGACGCUGUCCGUUUCUGCGAACCUCACGGCGGCAAUCGACACUGGAACGACGUUGAUAUACCUGCCCAGCGGGGUAGCGGACGAUUUUUACGCCCUGAUACCAGGAUCAGCAUCGGCGAUGCAAUACGGAGCGGGCAAGCGGCUCACCAGAAUACUUGAUUCCGUAGCUAAUAAUAAUACGACAGGGUUCUAUACCGUCCCAUGCGACACGACAGUGACUGUAGCCCUCAUCCUGAACGGCGAAACGUUCUCAAUCUAUCCCAGCGACUUCAAUCUGGGGCGGACCGACGUUGACUCGAACGACUGCGUCGGAGGAAUCCUCGCGCUGGGCAACGGCUUCCCGCAGAACCUCGCGAUCAUAGGAGACGAGUUUUUGAAAUCCUGGUACUCGGUCUUCGACUAUUCCGGGAGAGUGGGAUUCGCGCGGAGUAUCAAUAACGGCUAG